AUGAAAAGGGCCCCGUCUGCGUACGGCUUUCCUGCUGCUCUUAACAGCCGGGAUGGGGCACCACUAAAUUCCGGCAAACUGGUGCAGGAGAUCGACGAGAAGGAUGCUGCGACAAUCUGCAGGCUGGACGUUUCUUCGCAGAAGUUAAGUCUCGUUGUCGGUGAGUAUCGUAUCGUGGUGGAAUCCCACAAGUAUGGCUAUUUGUUCAACAAAUUCGUCAACUACCGUCUGCAGCAGGAUCGUGCCCAAGCUUUGUUCGAUAAGACCUCCAGGAAGUCGCAGAUCUUCAAAAACUUCUUAAUACAAAUUGUCAUUGAGGCGAUGAGCCAAAAAUAUAAUGUGCAGCUCAACAUGGAAAAGACCAUUAUUCUGAACAAUCGCAAGUUCACCGGCACUUUGGUAACUCAUCGUGUGCGCAACGAAGAUAUGAAAAGGGCCCCGUCUGCGUACGGCUUUCCUGCUGCUCUUAACAGCCGGGAUGGGGCACCACUAAAUUCCGGCAAACUGGUGCAGGAGAUCGACGAGAAGGAUGCUGCGACAAUCUGCAGGCUGGACGUACAGUAUAAACGUAGUGGGAGAUCUGAGAUCUAAUUGCCCAACUACGUUUCUUCGCAGAAGUUAAGUCUCGUUGUCGGUGAGUAUCGUAUCGUGGUGGAAUCCCACAAGUAUGGCUAUUUGUUCAACAAAUUCGUCAACUACCGUCUGCAGCAGGAUCGUGCCCAAGCUUUGUUCGAUAAGACCUCCAGGAUGCUUAGGGUUCGCAUUCCCGUGUUCACUAACUAA